AUGGUGCACGAGUUGAGCGGAGCGGCGGCAGGACUCGCGGCCGCGCUCCUCGGCUCCGGAUACCUUCUCUACCAACGGCUGAAAGGUCCAGACCGCGUCGCUCUGCCGCACGGCUUCUCUCUCGACCGUCAGGCGCUUCCCGUCAAAGUCUGUUGUUCUUUAGGACAUAAAAACGACCAGGAUUUUGGUUUGACGGCUUUUUGUUAACAUGCAUCGCGGAAAAAUCGUAGGUCGAUCGGUAGAAGGGUAGAAAAAGCUGCCGUCGAUCUGAGAUUCGUGAUAGCUACCAGGUGAUCCGGCGUAUGCUACCGGGUAGCUAUCCGGUAGCUACUUUUCAGCGUUAAAUAAUAAACCGUUUAUUAUAAACAAUACCCGAUUAUAUAACGCAAAAAUCGAAAAAAAUAAGUGUCUUCAAUGGAUGAGAGCCUUCGACGUUCCACGAGUUUCAGCCUUUUUCAAGUCGUCAUCAUUUUCAGGGCCAGCCGGGUGUCUGGAAAAGCGCUCUGAUGAACGGCGACGAUGACGUCAUUUAUAAAUUUUACGCCGAAGUCAAAACAAUUUACGAUAUGUUCAUCAGAGGCAAACAGGUUUUUUUUUCUCAACAUCUUGAAAAAGCAAAAAGUUUCAAGGAUCUCGAUCAUUUUUAAAGGAAGUUUUUUUUGGAAGCACGUGGGCUUUCAAUCAAAACGUUUCCAUUAUCAGUAUAAGAAAACUUUUUGGUAGCUUUUCUUUUAUCAGCCAUGUGAUUAUGUUUAUCAGCGCUCUUCGAUUUGUUCCCUUGUUUAGUGAAAAUUUCUGUCUUAUCUUGUUGAUUGGGUUAUCGGACUGUUAUGCACUAGUGAGAGAUGCUGGAAAACUCGUCAAUCUCUCUCCAGAGCAUCCUUUUCGAGAAAAAAAAAACACGUGUCCUUUAUGAAGAUGAGGAACGUUUUUUCCCCACAAGUAGAACUGUGAAGGAGGGUCCCUUUUGAGGUGAGUCGUGGAAGAGAAUGCUGCGGCUCGCGCACUGCCGACGGACUCGACUACGACUACUUCAGCUACGUCGAGGUGCACGAAAAGGCCAACCGCUUCGCCAACGCCUUGGUCCACGAAUUCCGCUGUCAGCCAGGUCGGCAUCUCGUUUGUUCGGAACGAGUCGUUUGUUUGUUUAUUAAAAAUUCUUAAUAAAACGAAACAGAAAUGUUUUGGAGUAAAAAAAAAGAAAACAAAAAAAAAAUACGUUUAUGAAGCUCAGCUUUCGAGUCAGACAGCUUACAAGGUGACUCUCUUCGCAAUUUUUCUCCUUUCUUCGGAUCAAAAAAAUAAGAUAGGACUUUUUCUUCGAACUUUCUUGAGCGCGUAUAUUGUUUUUUAAAACUUGAAAGUGAAUAAGACAAAUCAAAAGCAACCUAGAUCUUUAGAAAAAAAAACUUGACGAUGUUUAAAAAAUCCUCUCAGCCAAAAUGAAAACUCCCAGUUUUUUAAAUGAGGGUUUUGGCUCAAAUUUUUUUAUUGAAAAACUUUUUAAAGUUAUCUUCUCAAAAAUCAAUUUAAAAAAUUAAUUUUCGUGAAGAUAAAGCAGUUUCAAAAAAGGUGGAAUCGAGGACAAGCUUGUCGCUGCCUAUUGAGCUUCUCGUUUUUCAAGAUUGUACCUUCAGAAGCGCUUAAAAUUCCAGAAAAAGAGUGGAAAACCUUAAAAAGGUUCCAGGAAACACGACAAACGUGGGGAUCUACGCACGCAACUGUCCGCAGUGGCUGAUGUCGGCUCUGGCGUGCGUCGGCCAGUCGAUGGUCAUCGUCCCUCUUUACGACACCCUCGGCUCCGACGCCGCCGCCUACAUCGUCUCCCAGGCCGAGAUCAGGUGAAUCCGUUGAGUGCAGCCGGAUUCUUGGCAACGAGAUUUUCAGCGUCGUCGUGGUGGACAAGAUCGAGAAGGCACGUCUUCUGAUUGAGAACCGGGGACAGAUGCCAACGUUGAAGACGAUCGUCGUCAUCGAAAGCGCCAAGUUCGCCGAUGAGGAUCUUCUGAUGGUUCAGAUUUAGCUUCUUCUUUCCUGAACCGCUGUUUGAAGGCGUCGCAGCGUGGAAUUCGUCUGGAGACGUUCGAAAAUGCUUUGGAUCUUGGGGCUCGCUACGAAUUUGCGCCCAACCUUCCCAAGCCUAAGGACACCUACAUCAUUUGGUCAGAGUUCAUUCUAUAUUUAUCAAUCUUCAAAUUAUUAAAAUGAGACCACCAUAGAUUCGUGAAGCGAAGAAAUCCUGACUUUCUUUUUUUUCUGGAUGAGUUAUUUCUUUUUUACUUGAAGAACCGAGAGUUUCAAGCUUUCUCUCAGCUUUAGAUCAUCAGAAUCAUAUUUCGAAACUCGAGUCGUUCUAAAAAGAGGUAGUAGAUUUCAGCCUGAAACUUCAAGUUUUGCAAUCAUUUAUGAGCUCAACUUUGAUUCAAUUUUUCCAGCUACACGUCAGGUACGACAGGAACUCCUAAAGGAGUCGUUCUCACCCACGGAAACGUCGUUUCCAACAUCAGCGCCUUCCUGAAACUCGUCUCGCUCUUCAAACCUAAUCUCCUCGACACGAGUCAGGUUACACAACUUCUGAUGAACUCCCUUUAGUAUUCAUAUUCACCAAGUCAACUAAACGAACGAGAAUUGCUCAAUAGAUUGGCCCGACGUAUAUUAGAAGAAUUUCAGAUUCACAUAUCCUACCUUCCGUUGUCCCACAUGAUGGAGCAGAUCACGCACUGGACAAUGCUCGUCACAGGGUCCAGAAUCGGCUACUUCCGCGGCAACAUCCAGGUUUGUCGGGGGCGUCUCUCAAUAGAUGAAACUGAUUGAAGUUCAGGGACUGACGGACGACAUGCUCACUCUCAAGCCUACCGUUUUUCCAGUUGUUCCACGGCUUUUGAAUCGCCUUUAUGACGUCAUUCAAGUAGGUCACUAGCUUUUCACAAACAGUGGGAAACAUAUGUGAGAUUGAAUCUCUUUUCCUUCACUUAGUACUGAAAAUAUUUUUGAUUUCAAUCGUUUAAUUAACAUGAAAGCUUGGCAAAUUUGAAGACUUUAAGCUGAAAAUUGACAGGCGAAGGUCAAGGCGCAGGGAUUUUUCGCCCGUCUCAUCUACAACUUUGCGUUUGCGCGGAAGCUAUCGCAGCUUCGACGAGGGAUCAUUUCAAAAGACACAAUUUGGGAUCGCUUCGUGUUCAAGAAGAUUCAGGCGAGUUCGCAAACGAUUCUUUCACAGCUGAGAAGCUUCCAGAGUGUUUUCCAACGGUAACUUGCAGGCUCAAAUCGGCGGUCGAGUCUCGAUAAUGGUCACGGGAUCAGCUCCGAUCUCCGCCACAGUUUUGGAGACUUGUCGAGUCGCGACAGGGGCUCUCAUUGCUGAAGGUUCUUUCCGUUCCCAACUUCUUUUAAAAAUGGAUAAUGGACCAGAAAAUGGCCGUAAGAAAUCAAACUAGGAUCAUUAGAUGGAUACUUUCGUGCUCUUCUGAAUCUAAGCUUUGAAUUUCGUUGCGAAGUUCGAAAAAUGUAUAGUUACUCAGAAAUGUAUAAGGGAACUACAAACCAUUACGGAGUCAUAGUAAAAGGUCGCUUGUGGAAAUUUUUUCAGCUCAUGAGAAAUUCUGGAAAUAUAAUUGUGGAUCAAAAAAAAGAAAAGAGAAAUUAUUCUAUGAUUACUGGAGUCAUCCGUAUCUACAUGAGAAAACUCUCAAGCAAAGAAAAAACUAAUAAUCAGCGUGAAAAUGUAUGGAGUAACGAUAGCCUGGUUAAAAAGCUUGAUGUGAGCGGAGACCGUGCUCUGAUAAGCAUUCAUAAUCUGUAUCUUUAAACUUAUAAAGAAAACUAGUUAGUUAAAUUAAGGUUUUUGAAAUGAGAAUUCGUCCAUAGGCGAAAAAUCACAAGUUUUUGGCUUACCAUGCUGCUGAAAAUCAAAGGAGCCUAUCAUUUCUCAUAUAACUGACAGGAAAUGAAAGAAAAAUAAUGGAAUGUUUCCAGGCUACGGUCAGACGGAGUGCACGGCGUUGGCGACGUUCACCUGGCUCGGAGAUCCUGCCGGAGGCCAUUGCGGUGGUCCAGCUCCUUGCUCUCUGCUCAAGCUUGGCGACGUGCCUGAGCUCAACUACUUCGCCAAAGACAAGAAGGGCGAGGUGAUUCUCUCUGAGUGACGUCAUGCGACGCCUUCUCUGCAGAUUCGGAUCAAGGGUCCCAGUGUCACGAAAGGCUAUUACAACGAUCCAGAAAGGACCGCCGAGCUGUUCGACGAAGACGGAUUCCUACAGACUGGGGACAUCGGCGAGAUGCUCCCCAAUGGAACUAUCCGCAUCAUCGACCGCAAGAAGCACAUCUUCAAGCUGGCUCAGGUCUGUCAUCAGCUAUAUUUCGCGGAACGAAAUAACUUUCUUAGUUCUAUUUUGCAUUCAAUAGUUUUCACGCUUAUUGGGACAAUUUGAAAGACUACACUCAAAAAAAAAACAAAUUCGGAAGUUAAAACUGGACCCAAACUCAAAAGGCGAAUCAAUUUUCGAAAAAAGGUUCAUUUCGAUCUUUUCCCCAUCCAUUCCAGCGCGCUCGUUUUAUAUAACUUGAACUCCAUUCAAAAUUGAACUAUUUAAAGUAACAAAAGUUUGCUCUCGAAAUUGAAGGGUCAGACCAAAUCAACGACAAAUUGUCUUUCAGGGCGAGUACGUGGCGCCGGAAAAAAUCGAGAACGUCUACGUGAGGGCGCCGGUCGUCCAGCAGGUCUACGUCGACGGCGACAGCUUACAAAGGUUUCCACUCUGUCCCGCCUUUACGCGAACCUCAAGAGACAUUCCGAAUUUCUGAGUCGACGAACCAAGAAUGAAUCCAACUUCCAGAUGGCUGAUCGCGGUCGUUGUUCCCGAGGCGCAGGUCCUUUUCGAUUGGAACAAAUCUAAGGGCCGCUCCUUGCGGUCGCUCGAGGAAAUCUGCGCCGACAAGGAGGUAGUCAAAUCUGUUCGUUAUGACUCAAAUCUGGAAACUGCAGGCUCAAAAAUACGUCCUUUCGGAGCUUCACGCCAUCGGGAAAGAAAACAAAUUGAACUCUAUCGAACAAGUCAGUUUUCGCUUUCAAAUACCAAUAUUAAAGAGAGAAUAACUACCUUUUCUUUGAAAUCCCCAAAAUAAUGAUAAUUUUCACUUCUCUCAAGUUCUUAAACUUUUUACACGAUUCUUGUUGACAAUCGGAGUCAUAACUUAUCAAAAUCAUAUCUUGUUUAACUAAAAACGAGACUCCACAGAAAGGGAAAAAACCUUGAUAUUGCCGUUUGAGGUGAAAAAGGUGAUUCUGACGACGGACGUGUUCACAGUGGAGAACGGCCUUCUCACGCCGACUCUCAAGGCGAAACGACCCCAGCUUCGACAGAAAUACAAGGCGCACAUGGCCAAGGUCUACGCCGAAAAUCCCAACUUAUAA